CCCUCACUUCACUUCACCACACACCACACUCACACACAGCAAGCCGGGCAGACACAAUGCCAGGACACGCAAACAAGAAGAGGCCAAUCGACGGCCGGCUACAGCGCCCGUCAAAGAAGCAAAAGCGACAGCAGCUGAAGCAAUAUCACAGCGAGUCCGAGGCCGAGGAAGAGGACCAGGGAUUCGAUCCGGUCAACCUGCUCGACUCGGACGACGAUAUCCACAAUGCAAAGGUCGACGAUGGCGCGGAGGAUGCUGGUGAUAGCGACUCGUCCAGCGCGGAGGAGGAGCAACCCAAGCUGAAAAGGGCUAUGAAGAUGAAGGCACAGCCCAAGAGCAAAAAGGCGCCGCCGCAGGAGGCAGACGAGGAGGACGAGGAUGAUGAUGAGGAGGACGAGGACGAGGAAGACGAGUCAAAUCUCGACGAGUUCGACCUCGAGGCCCGCUCAGCCGGCACCAAGUCAAAAGCGAAGCGCAACGACCCAACCGCAUUCGCGACGUCGCUGUCCAAAAUCCUAUCCACAAAGCUCUCCUCGUCGAAACGCUCAGAUCCCGUCCUGUCACGGAGCGCCGCCGCGCACGAGGCGUCCAAGGCCGCCGUCGACAGCGCCCUGGAAUCCAAGGCCAAGCGCCAGCUCAAGGAGCAGAAGCGCCGGGCCCUCGAGAAGGGCCGCGUCAAGGACGUGCUAAUCGCGACCGCGAGCGAGACCACGGGCGUGCCCGAGACGACGACGUCGGAGAUCCUCGACAAGGAGAAGAAGCUGCGCAAGGUGGCGCAGCGGGGUGUGGUGACGCUGUUCAACGCGGUGAGGGCGGCGCAGGUCAAGGCGACGGAGGCGGAGAAGAGCGCCAGGAAGGAGGGCGUCAUUGGCAUCGGGCAGCGCGAGAGCAAGGUCAACGAGCUGAGCAAAAAGGGAUUCCUGGACCUGAUUGCGUCGGGUGGAGGCGGGCUCAAGAAGGGCGGGCUGGAGGAGGCCUAGUUAUUGAGGCCGGGGCAGUCGUCAUGUAGGAAGAGAGAUGAGGUAUUCAUUAGGGCUCCAUCACCUGUAAAUGCAUUCAAGAUACCCC